CACGACUUUAGUCUUGAACCAUUAAGUACUUAAGUGUCAAUACGAAUUUUUUUUAUUGAUUUAUUAUUAUUCACGAUAAAAAUAUUAUGAUUUAUGACUAACCUCUCCUUACGAAUAAUGGGCCGGUGAAUAUCAUUCAACGGCCCGUGGGCUUUCUGGGAAAUAGAAGUUGGGCUCCCUCCUUUUUUUUUCACUUGGCCGCCCCUCCUCCAAGUACUCAAACCCUCGCCACUUAACAGUUCUUUCUCUCCUUCCCCUCUGCUUCCUCCGGCAAAUCGUCUGAGAGCUUUCGUCGCUCAAAGUCCUCGGAGAACAGAAACAUGGCUGCCGCUGCUACUGGGGACGUCGCCGUCAAGGCUGGGACCGUCAAGGACGUGUCUCCUCACGAGUUCGUCAAGGCUUAUGCCGCCCACCUCAAGCGAUCUGGCAAGAUCGAGCUUCCCCCAUGGGUCGAUAUUGUGAAGACUGGUAAGCUGAAGGAGCUUGCCCCUUAUGAUCCUGACUGGUACUACAUUAGAGCUGCCUCAAUGGCAAGGAAGGUUUACCUGAGGGGAGGUCUUGGUGUCGGUGCUUUCCGUAGGAUCUACGGCGGAAGCAAGAGGAACGGAAGUCGCCCUCCUCAUUUCUGCAAAAGCAGUGGUGCUAUUGCUCGCCACAUUCUUCAUCAGCUGCAGCUGAAUAACAUUGUCGAACUCGAACCCGCAGGUGGGAGGAAGAUCACUUCGAAUGGCCAGAGGGAUCUCGACCAAGUCGCUGGGCGGAUUAUGGUUGCCCAUUGAAAGGCUCGAAAACGCUGAAGAGGCUUAGCUGAAAAAUGUGAAGGGAGAGGAUUGUUAAAGAGGUUUGAUGUCUAGAUUCCUAGCUUACUUGGUCUUUUUUUGAAAGAUGUGAAUGCUUUGUGGCGGAUAAGUAAAUCAGAUGUAGCGAAUUAUGUGUAAUAUCUUGAGUUUGGCGCUUCUCUCUUGGAGAUGAGCUUUUCUCCUGGUAAGGUUUAAAGGGAAUAUCCAGAUAUGGUUGUUUUCAAAGACAACUGUUAAAAAACCAGACAAAGGUGCUGUGUUUGGAUCUGGAACACAGUGAAUACCUAACACCAAACAGCGCCUAAUCUUCUUCUAGGGGUUUUUUACUCGGUAAGAAGGAUUCCUCUAGGUUUGAUGAACAGUAUUUUUAUUUCAGUUAGGUAGGGGGUGCUGAAUCUGUUCAGUAAAUCUGUCUUUCCUUUUGUCAAUACAAACUCAAGCCUACUUGCUCUUCCUCUAUCUACGACUUCUGUCUCCACUGUUCUUCAAUAACAGAAACAGUUUGGUGCUUAUGUGUUCUGGUUUCAACUUUAUGCUUCCUGUUGUUGAAAGCUCUUUUUCAUAAAGGGGGGGAGGAGGAAGAGUUAGAUCAUGAUUACGAUUGCCAAACACGGCUUCUGAUGAUCGACGAGGUAGUCGAGAUGCUAAUUCAUAUCGAACUCGUUUCGAUAAAUUGAAUCGUUGAGCAUAAGUCUUGAGAAUGUGUACUACCACAGACUUAGUUUACUUUUUCAAGGGGCAAGCUGAUUUCCUAUGUUUAUAGAUUGAAGUACCACCAUAACAAACUUUAUUAUCAUGUCAUUAAUAAGUUAAUCCCAGUAAACUCUUCACUAAACUAGAUUCUUUCUGACCUCAUGGGUCUAAUCAAUCAAAUUAAGUUCCAGCUUGGCAUCAAGGAAAUAGGAAAUGAAGCAUGAAUAGUUCA